UUGUUUUUUGAAAGUUGAAUAAAAUGGAAAAAAUUUCAACAAAUAAUUCGUCCCACGAAGGACUUUCGCAAGCCACCUCAAAUUACAAUGAGGAAGACGAAGAAGAGGAGGAGGAUACAGUGUAUGACGACGAUGAAUGGGAUGAGAUGUCGGAUAUGGGAUUUUUAAUGAGCGAGAGUGAUUCUGAAAACGAGGAGGAAUCAUUUCAAACACUUCCACUCAGCUUGCCCAUUGCCACUCCCAGUGCAGAUAAACCGAUGCAUAAAUAUCCCUUCAAGCUGCAACAAAAUGGGGCGGGAAACAUACUGACCGUGCAUCAUACAAUUAAGAAUGUGGAUCGAGAACUACGUGUUCGCAUUGCCGCCUGUUGUUUUAAUGAGAUGAGCAACAAACUGGUGGUCAUUGAUAGGCGGGGGAACAUCUUUGUCUUUGACUUUGUGAGCAAACGUUAUUGGCGUCUGUCGAUUCGUCUGCCACAAGCGACUCUGGUGCACGCCUCGCCGUUGCACCACAACGAGUAUGUUGUGGGCAACGAAAACGGACAUGUUUUCGUAAUGAAUGUGGAAAAGUCGCUGGUGAGCAGACGCAAUGAAGCGGGUAAUGCUGCUGUUGACCAAAUAUCAUGGGGAAAUCGAUUGCAGAGCUCCACGGCCACCAAUGCCAUAAUGCGGCUAGGUCCCGAGGCUGCGCUGCUGAAUUUGAAGAGCUUACAAGUGUCUCAUCGUCUGGAAUUCGAUCAGUCCCAGCACACACUUAAGCUGGCUGGAUUUAUACCCAACUCGGAUCAGUUCUUCACCUGCUUUACCAAUGAUACUAUCAGUAUAUGGUCUUCACACUCUCGAGAACCUGUGCAAGUUGCCCAGCCUAUAAAGGCACGCGAUCGCAGAUUGCGUCUGCUGCGUAAUGAUAAGUCCAUCCCGGAGUUUGUACUACGUGGAGAAGACGAAGACGAUAUUAAUCCGGAGGAUGAUUUGGCAUUUGAUUGCGAGGAUGAACACUUUGCCGAUGGCAAGUUGCUUACUUAUAGCUUCUCACCAAAUGGCAACAAGUUGUGCCUCACUACCUUAGAUGGUUACUUGCUGCUGCUCAGCUCAGCAUCCUUUGAUUUGGACAAGCUAUUUCGCCUGCGAGAUUUUAUCCUAAAGCAAAUUGCCUUGCUGCCACAGCCCAAGGAGCGCAUAUUGUUUGGGAUCACAGCACGCGGUCAGGCUGUUAUGUUGGACCUGGAGAACACGGAUCACAAGCUGAUUGUACAACGCUCAAAUGGCGUUAGUCUGAAUGUAAGCCGCGAUGGCAAGCUGCUCAGCGUUCUAUCCAAGUGUGGCGAAGUCAAUGUAUGGUCCACGUGUCGACUUUACAAUGCACUUCAGGCGAAGACGCAGUGCAUCUCUCAACUGCGAGCAGCUCUGAAACGUCCUAAGCUGCCUGGACAUGUUUGUGGCCCCGUGAACCAGGAACUACGUCAGCUGCUGAAGCGGGAACGCUUAGAGGCUAUGCUGCACGAGUAUGGCUGCUAUCCGGAAAAGUACAGAUUCAUAAUAUGGAGCUCGCUAAUGGAGCUGCCUUGCAACGGCGUCCAGUUCCAGGCCCUGCUCAAGCUUGGGCAUCCACCAAUUGUGAAACAGAUGGCGCGCGGUCUAAAGAUCAAAAGCGAUGCGCAACGUCGCGGUGUUAUCAAGGUGUGGAGCUGUUUGGCGCACUGGUGCAAGGUCUUUGGCUAUGCGGAGUUUAUGCCACACCUGGUGUUUCCCUUUGCAAAGCAUCUGCUUAAGAACGGAUUGGUUGUCUUCGAGCUGAUGGCAACGCUGUUGCUCAAUCACUUGCAACUUUGCUUCGAAUUCUAUCCCUUGCCACCGGAAAACUAUCUAGCCAUGUGCGAAAAUAUAUUGCAGAACAAUGACGAGCAGCUGUCCAAGUUCUACCAGGCACUGGAAGUGAAGCCCAAGGAUUAUGCUUGGUCUUUACUAAGCAAUGCCUUUGCCGAGGUGUUAGAGGAGCAGCAAUGGUUGAUUCUAUGGGACAACAUUAUCACAGAACCUCUAUAUUUCAUAGUAUUUGUCAUUGUCGCUUACAAUGUGCUGCAUCGAGAGGUGAUCUUACGUCUGCCGGACAAGGACGCCGUGCUACGGUUCUUUCAUGAACAGAAUCCCAUGGAUGUAGCCAAGUUGGUUGCUCGGGCUCGCAAGAUAAUGAAGAAAUGUCCACCCCAAGUGCAUCCUCGUCGCUUCUUGCAGCCCUUUUCGCCUAUACCCAAGGGCGUUUAUCCCAAGUUUCUGAACUAUCCCAGCGAUUGGAUUGCAGAGCAGGAGCAACAAACAAUGGUGCUGCUGAAACAGCAUCAGGAGAUUGAUGCCCGUAUCCGACAUCUCGAAUUGGAGGAGCUGCAAAUAAUGGACCGUUUGGAAAAUGGUCUUAAGCAAGAGGAGCAUACACGACGGGUCAAGGAAAUGGAAAAACUGUAUCAGGAAACCAUACAACGAGAGGAAGAGCGCAUCGCCUGCCACCGUAAAAUGCUGCUCACCUAUCAGUUGGAAGUGCGGCAGCGCAAGAGCGAAGUCAUGACCAAGCUGCAGGAGUCGGAGCAGCGCCGCAAAGUAUUAGAAAUGGAAAAGGACAUCGAUCUGCUGAUGCACAGCAUUGAGCGCGAACGUCGUCGCCACAAUCAAGAGAUGAUUUUUGCCGAGGACGAAAUACGAAAUCAGAAUAUGGAACUGCUGGCCCAGCAAUACUACUCGGAUACCGCCGGAGCUCCUCUAGCCCAAAAAUACUAUGACAACAUCCAACAAAUGUGCAGGGAACGCGAUAAACUACAACAACAACUACGUGAGAUGACUUUGGAACAUCUGGACAAACCGAGGGCUCCAGCGCCGUCCUCUUCAGCUGAGCCACACUUGACGGAAAUAGAGCGUUCAAUUCUGGAAAUUCAACGCGAAUUCUCAGAUAUUCUUAACAAUUGACUGCAAUAGUAAGUAAUACUUCUAGGUAAAUCCAUUUCAAAUGAGCCAA